AUGGAAGAUAAGGAAAGAAGAGCGAACGGGAGCCAAUACGCAGCCCUGGACCAAGAAGCGCCCGAAGCCGAGCAUUGCAAGGAAGACUUGCUACCCGCAGAGGCCUCGGAUUCCGCUUCCGCCAUCGACGAGAGCGACCAAGAAGAGAAUAUAGGGUUGCUUGACGAGAGCUCCGUCGCCCGGACAAAACGACACUGCGGCGCUGCCCGGCGUCGCUCCGUGUUCCUGGAUUGUGCCCUCCUCGGCCUCGUUCUGAUCAUAGCCUUGCUCGCCACUCUCGUCUGGUCACGGCAUCCCGACUCUCAAACGGCUACCGCGGACCGGCACAGAAAAUAUGUGCUGGAUCCUGACUGGGAUUCCAGCGCUGUGCCGCGUGUUCGAAAAUAUCACUGGACCAUCAAAGACGUCGAGCUGCGGCCGGACGGCGUGAAACGACCCAUGAUGACCAUCAACGGGGAAUUCCCAGGCCCGAUGAUCGAGUGCAACGAGGGCGACACGCUCCUUGUCGAGGUACACAACGAAGCAGUCAACUCGACUUCUAUCCACUGGCACGGGCUCUACCAGAAUGGUACAAACUUCAUGGACGGCACAGUCGGCAUCACGCAGUGCCCAAUACCGCCUGGGUCCAGUAUGCAGUACAGAUUCGGGACCGACAACCAAUCCGGCACCUACUGGUACCACGCACACAUGGCCAUGCAGAGCUCCGACGGCCUGUUCGGGCCUCUGAUCAUCCACCCGAGGAAUGCGAGCCUGCAGCAGCUCGAGUACGCUUCUGACCGCGUCAUCAUGGUGCAGGACUACUACCAUGAUCUGACGAGCGCGCUCUUGCCUCGCUACCUCGCGCCGGACAACGAAAACGCAGAGCCAGUGCCGGACGGAGGCCUCAUCAACGGGAUGAACAAGAGGGACUGCAAUGCCAUCCGUGGUCGUGACUGUGACAGCUCAAGCGCAGAGAGGGCGGUUCUCGGCCUGCAGGCGAACAAGAAGCACCGCUUACGCAUCAUCAACACGGGUGCGUUCGCCGAGUUCCAAGUCAAGAUGGACGAGCACGUCUUCGCCGUCACCGAGGUCGACGGCACGGACGUGGUCCCGGCAUAUCACCACAGGCUCAACAUCCACCCUGCGCAGCGAUACAGCAUCGUCGUCAACACCAACAUCACGGACCGAACCUCUUUCUGGCUGAGGGCCAAGAUGGUGACAGCCUGCUUCGCCGAGGAGAACCCCAAUCUCGAGGAAGAAGUGCGGGCAAUCGUGCAAUACACCCCGGCGAGCGGCAAAGCGGACGCGGCGGAUCAGCCCUCAAGCACGGAUUGGGACGACCGGGUAGACAUGCAAUGCCUCGACAUGAACACCACCGAGCUCCAGCCGGUGGAAAAGAUGACGCCCCCGCCGCCAGACACAUUGAUCUACCUCCGCGCGAACUUCGAGAUCGGCAACUGGAGACUCAGCCGCGGCUUCUUCAACUCCUCCUCAUGGCGGCCUUCCCUCUCCUCCCCGACGCUCCACCGCCUGCUGACCGGACACGCAAGCAACAACGCGAGCCUCCUCCCGCCGCCAACCCCCAGCCACCACCACCCGUCCAAGACCAACGACGACGACGACGACGACGUCGUCGUCGGCUUCGACACUGGCGUCGAGCUCGUGCACCAAACGACGGGCAUCCAGACGCUCGACGUGCUCGUGUCCAACUUCGACGACGGCGCGCACCCGCUCCACCUGCACGGCUACAAGUACUUCGUGCUCGGGUCCGGCCACGGCUACCCGCCCGCCUCGCUCCUCAGCAGGUACCACGGCGCGGCGCUCGACACGACGACGACGACGACGACGACGACGCCGUCCAACCCGCUGCGGCGCGACACGGCGUCGGUCGAGGCGUUCGGCUGGCUCCUCGUGCGCGUCGUCGCCGACAACCCGGGCGUCUGGGCCUUACACUGCCACAUCGGCUGGCACACCGAGGCGGGGAUGCUCAUGCAGUUCGCCACGCGCGUCGACGACGUCGGGCUCUCCCCUGGCAUCCGCAUCCCCGACGAGCAUCUCGCGCUCUGCACCGCCGACGGGCUGGACAAGGGCGCCGCCCCGCCCGACUCGACCUGGUUCGGCGACUUUGGCGGCGGCGACUUUGGCGGCGGCGGCGGCGCGGCCGCCGGAGUCGACGUCGAGGUUGAGGUUGAGGUCGUGUCUCCUGUACUCGGCCUCGACGAGGCGGCGGGCGAGGCGCACGCUGCCGAGGUUGCGCAGGCGCUGCAUGGCGGCGAGGCGGUCGAGCACGAAGCGGCGGUGGUCUUCGUUCGCGGGGCUGGCGUGGCCGAGCACGAAGAGCGGCCACAGGAGCGACGUGAUGUUCGGCGCGGCGUCGCCCUCCAGGACGGCGAGCUGGGAGACGAGCGCGGCGAGGGACGUCUUUUUGCGUUCGGACGCGAGGAGGGCCACGUCUGA